UGUUAUUUAGGACGUUACAAACAGACUACAGUCAACAGUACAGGUCUUUCUUCUGUUUAUGUUUUUAAUUUGUUCAAUGAUGCACACAAUAUUAGUUAUUUUCCUUUUCUGCACAAUCAAGUCUGCAUUGGGAUUAAAAAUUCAAAAUUUACCAUGUUUAACACAUGAAUCGAAGAAGGAUUUAGAUGAUGCUAGAAAUGAACUGGUAACAGUGGACAGUAUAAUAGGAAAGACAGUGGGGACGCUUGAGAAUGAUAUUCAGAAAACCGUUAAUAUCAUGAAAAAGCACUUGGUAACAAUGAAAAGCACCAUUGGAAAAGUAAUUAAAAAAGUGGAAACUGAUCUCGUUGUCUUGAAAAAAGACUUGAAGAAAGGUCAGUGGAAGAAGUAUCAAAACCAUUGUUACUACUUUUCUCAAAAGGGUGCCCCCUGGUAUGAGGCUGAGCGACUUUGCAGGGAUUUUGGUGGAUACCUUGUAAAGAUUGAAAACUCUUCAGAGAAUGAAUGGUUACAUUCAACAAGAAUUAAUAAAAAUGGCGGAUACUGGAUAGGUCUAACGGAUUUAAUUGAGGGUGAAUGGCGAUGGAGUGUAGACCAGUCACUUGCUACCUUUAAAUCUUGGCACAGUGGUAGUGGUUCCAAAGGUCAUAGUUCUAAUUGUGUUUCUUUCAGUGGCAGUGGAAGUACAUGGGUCGACACUAACUGCAAAUCUGGAUACUACUAUAUCUGUGAGAGAAAUUUUUGGAAUUGAACAGAUUUAAACUGAUGUCCGAGAAGAGAGAUAUAAGUUCCUCAUCAAAGUUAAUUUGAACUACAAAUAGAAAAUAAAGAUUGCAUAUGCUUUUGUUAUUUUAAU